AUGACGGAAACAGGUAACGGACCCAGCGCUCCGAAACCGCCGCAAGCCAGACGCCGUUAUAACCGCUGCUGCGUCGUUACGGUGUCAGUCGCUCUCGUCCUCCUCACCCUCUUCAUCAUCGGUCUCAUCCUCGCUCUCACCGUCUUCAAGGCCAAAGAUCCCCAAACUACCCUCAUCUCCGCCAUGGUCUCCGGCGUGGCGCCACGUGUCACGAUUCCGGCCGUCAGCAUCCAGCUCAACAUCACCCUCGAACUCGUCCUCCGCGUCGAUAACCCCAACCAUGCCAGCUUCCGCCACGGGACCGGGAAGACCUUGAUCUAUUACUGUGGGGUCGAGGUCGGGGAUGCUGACUUGGCGCCGGGUCGGAUUCCGGCGAAGGGGUCGGAGGAAGUCAGAUCCCGGCUGACGGUGGAGGCGGACAAGUUCGCGGCGGACAUUAUGAAGUUGAUUGGCGAUGUGAUGGCCGGCGAGGUGGGGAUCGACACGCGGACGACGGUGCCGGGCCGAGUCACGUUCUUGGGGAUCUUUAAGCGACACGCUGUCGCGCUGGUGGAGUGCCACGUGGCGAUCGGGUUCCCCGAUCUGAAGAUCCGACGGCAGGACUGCAAGCACCAGACGAAGUUGUGA